AUGAUUAGUUUGUGCAUUUUUGUGUUAAUUUUGUUAUUUAAUCCAAUCAAUGGAGAAUCUAAAAAAAAUAAUUCAAUCAAAAUUGAUUAUACAACAUGUAAAAAGUUAAUAACUAAUCAUGGCUAUGGUUACAAAAAUUUUUACGAAAUAACUGAAUUAGAAAAUCAUUCGCCAAGAUACAUUCUAGAUUUACAUUUUGCAGUCCAAGCAGCAAGGGAUGCUCAUAUUCUAUUAACACCAUCACCAGAUGUUACUAUCAACGAUCCAGUCUAUGAAAUAGUUUUGGGUGGUGGUUUAAAUACAUUUACUGAUAUUCGACGGCAAAAACAUCGUAAUACAAAAACCACAGCACAAACAAAAAAUUUAUUAUCACGGCAUGAAUUGAGACCAUUCUGGUUGCGCGUGUCUACAGAUGGGUUAAUUCAAAUGGGCAACGAAGGGGAAGAACUUGCAUUUGUAUCUUGGAAAGAUCCCGAUCCAUUACCAAUUCGAUAUGUAAGUUUUGGUACAUGGACGAAUGUGGAGGCUGAAUGGAUGUUUGAUUGUAAAUUACCAGUAUCGAAUUAUACAGAAGAAGGAAGUAUAUUACUUGAUGUACCUAAAAAUAUUCCAACGGCCCAAAAAUUAUAUAACGAUUUAUUUAAUGAAUACGACCCAUAUGUUAUGCCACAAUUUGUAAAUGAACCAUUAAUAUUGUUGCUGAACUUUAAACGGCCACGAAUUUUGAAUAUUAACGAGCAAAAAUCUAUGAUUCGAUUACAAGCCAUUGGUGAUUUGAAAUGGCAUGAUUCAAAGUUAAAAUGGACGCCCAGUACUUAUGAUAAUAUUACAUUUAUCAAAUUAAAAAACAGAAAUAUUUGGUUGCCAGAAAUUCAUUUGUAUAAUUCGUUGCGCUCAAAGGAUGGAAAUGUUUUGGAAAAAGGAAAUAUUAUUAUUUGGAACGAUGGUCUAGUACAAUGGAAUCCAAAUGUUAACUUGGAAGUGAAAGCAAAUGAACCUAACUUAUUAGAAUGGCCUAAUGAUAAAAUGAAAUUUCAAUUUGUCUUAGGAUUAUGGUCUGAUGGUUUGAAUGCAACAAUUUCACCAAAUUCAUCGUUUUCCACAAAAAUGGAACAAGAGUUACUUGAAUGGAAAAUUGUGAAUUAUUCUUACCAGCAUUUUACAGAUAUAAUAACGCCAUGGGUUUAUAUUUCCGACGGACUAUUUAACGAUACAUCAGCAUUACUUUUAACUAUAGAAAUUCAAAGAAUCAAUCCAGUGUUAGGAUAUGUGUAUCAUUCCAUUUAUUUAAUUGUUGCAGCAAGUAUAAUGUUAACAUUUUGCGUAUCUAGUGAAAAUUAUGCAAAAAUUGGCUUAAUAUGCUUUCAAUUUUUAUUAUUCACUCUUGUUUUAAUAUCAAUAUUAAUGAGAAUGCCACCAGAAUCGAAAACUUUGCCCAAAAUAGUUCAAUUUUGUUGCUGUGGAAUGUUAUUAUCUACAUUUUUACUAGUUAUCACAAUAUUAAUAAUACACAUCAUUCGAAACGAACAUACUCAACCCCUACCAAAAUUUAUUUGUAAUUUAUUAGCUUAUCAACCAGUUCAAAUGAUAUUUUUACUGCCGAACUUGAGGAACUUUAAAACGUAUGGCCAAUUUAGUCAAAAAGAACAAACGGAAAAUAAUUGUAUGGAUAUCAAUGAUUUAUGGAAUAGUUUUGGAUUACUUUUGGAUCGAAUAAUGUUUAUUUUAUAUUCAUUUUUAGUAUCAUUUUUAUUCAUACAUUAUUUUUAAUUACUUGUACAAAAUACUGGGCGACGACGAUAACUUUUUGACGCCAGUGAAUUUCGUUCUGGUAAUUUGUUUAAAGAGAAUCGAUCGCCAGGUUGUUUAGUCCUGGCGCGUUUCGACUAAAGCUGGAAAAUGAGUGGUUAAUUAAGGCCAAACGAUUUUGAUUCUAUGAUUAAAAAUCCCAAAAAAUACAGUGUGUUCAGAGGUACUUAUCCUUGUAAAUUUUCUUACUUUGCAUUUUAAGAAAAAAAGUAAUUUUUUAUAAAAUAUUUUGCUUAUUCUGCAAAUUAUGUAGGCAUAUUUAAAAUUUCUAAAUAAUGUAUUUUCUUUUUGGUAAACCACCCUUUCUUAUUUUAUAUAUUGAUAAAAUGCUUGUUAGAAAAGUUGCUCGCAAUUAGUAGUUACGACUCUAUAAUAGAAAAAAAUUGUUACUAAUUUAAAAAAAAAUAAAAUAACACUUCAAAAAUGGUAAACUGUCAACUGAUGGUUGCUAAGGAAGUUGAAAUAGUCUACAAUAGACUUUAUAGUCUAUUAUGGAUUAAGAGCUUGGCCAAAAAAAAAUUCAUUGAAUUUACUAAAGCUGAUAAUUUGAGGA